AUGGGUUAUAGCUCGCUGCUAAUUUCAUUUGGUUUAGAUGGUUCUUUUGUUGAUGUGUUGCUUUUAUUAAAGAGUGCGCUACUGUUUCUGAUUUUUUCCCCUUUGUAUAGUUUUAUGUCUAAACGAAUAAGGCGACCUAGAAGGGCCGUUGAAAUUCAACGUGCCUAUUUGGAUGCGGUUGUUGCGGAUGGUGAUCUCAAUAAUUCAGAGUUGCAAGAUGUUCCCACCGCUUACGACGAUCAAGAUAAUGAUGUUUCAACAUCUUUGAACAACCAAGACAGCCUUCCCCAAACAUUUGCAUCAGCUUUAAAACAAAAUAUUCCCAUCCGUGGUGUUUUUAACCCACAUUUCGAACCUGGGACAAGUUCUCAUCAGAUUUCUGUACCGGUUUUCCUUGCUGAUCGUGCCAAUGAGCACAGGAUUGAUCUAGAAUAUGUUGAUUUUGGCUUAAGAAAUUGUCAAUGUCAAUAUUGCGGUGCUCUGUUUUGGUCUACAGAACAGUCCGCCAAGAAUGCUUCAUCUUCUACCUUGCAGUUCACCACGUGUUGCAUGAGUCAAAAAGUAAAAUUCCCACGCGUUAAACCCACCCCUCCUUAUUUGGAUGAUUUGUUGAAUCCCAAAAAUUCUCGAAACAGCUUGCAAUUUAAAACAAAUAUUAGAUCUGGAUCAGAAACGGUUGAAAAACUCGACCAUCAUGUUGUUGAUGGCCUCAUUAAAAUGCUAGACGACUGUAAUGAGGUCGUUAAGCUUUUUAGACUCGCUAGAGAUAUGAUUGAUGAAGGGUCCACAAGUCAUUUACGUUUGCGUUUAUACGGUGCACAGGCUAACCAUGAUGCACAAUAUAAUUUGCCGGCGUGUGACGAGAUAGGUGGCUUGAUAGUUGGGGAUAUCGGCGAAUUCCACACUGAAAGAGAUAUCAUUGUGGAGCAUAGGACGCAUGGCCUGCAAAGAAUCACAAAGUUACAUCCUAAGUACAUGGCACUACAAUAUCCUCUUCUUUUCCCCUACGGUGAAGAUGGGUAUAAGAAAGGCCUUCCUUGGAAUCCAGAUUAUAAAGGGAAAAAACCAAAAACUGGGGGAGUAUCACUGAGAGCGUUUCUAGGUUAUCAAAUUCAGGAUAGACCAGGACAAAAUGACACCCUAUUGAAAGGUGGUAGAUUGUUUCAACAAUAUUUAGUUGAUGCAUAUGCCACGCUUGAAGAAGAUAGGUUAGAUUUUAUUAGGACAAAUCAAGAUUCUUUUAGAACAGAAAAUCUUAAAGCAAUUCAUGAAGCUCUCAAAGCAGGAAAUACAAGCAGUUCUGGUGUUGGCAAAAGAGUCAUUUUGCCAACUUCGUUUACUGGCAGCGUUAGAUAUAUGAUAAAUAAUUAUCAGGAUGCGAUGGCCAUAUGCCGUCACUUUGGAAAUCCUGAUUUAUUUAUCACUUUCACCUGCAAUGCUAAAUGGCCUGAAAUUAUUGAAGAUCUACGUGAUAAACCUGGUUGUAGGCCUGAAGACAGGCCUGAUAUAGUCUCCCGAAUUUUUAAAGCAAAGCUUAACCAUAUGAUUAAAUUCAUCAAAUCAGGGAAACCUUUUGGCGAUGUUGAAUCAGUGAUUUACACGGUGGAGUUCCAAAAACGAGGUCUUCCUCAUUGUCAUAUCUUGGUCUGGGUGAACAAACAUUAUAAAUGUCAUUCUCCCUACGAUGUUGAUUCUAUCAUUUCGGCUGAGAUUCCUGAUGCAGAUCUUGACAAAGUUGGGUACGAUGCGGUUUCACAGUACAUGAUCCAUGGGCCAUGUGGUCUUGCAAAUCGAUUUUCACCAUGCAUGAAAGAAAACAAAUGUUCAAAAAAAUUUCCAAAACCUUUUACAAGUGAAACCACUUUUUCUGAUGAUGGUUUCGUUGCAUAUAAGCGUCGGGAUAUAGAAAAUUUGUUUGUUCUAAAAAAAGGAAUCAAGCUUGAUAACGCAUUUGUUGUCCCUUAUAAUCGUGAGCUAUUAUUGAAUUAUCAAGCGCAUAUAAAUGUUGAAUCAUGCUGCCAAUCAACACUCAUCAAGUAUCUUUUUAAGUACAUAACUAAAGGUGUUGAUCUGGCUAGAGCUGUUUUUGAGGAUGAAAAGUUUGAUGAGGUUGUGGCUUAUCUAAAUUGUAGAUAUUUAUGCCCUUACGAAGCUGUUUGGAGAUUGUUACAGUUUCACAUUCAUUUUAGGGAACCAUCGGUUGAAAGAUUGUCUGUACACCUUCCAUCUGACCAAAACGUUGUUUUUAGAGAGACCGAUGAUCUAAACUAUGUUAUCAACCACCCUAAUCUCGAAAGAACAAUGUUAACGCAAUGGUUUGAAACCAAUGUCCAAGAUCCUGAUGCACGUAAGUUAUCUUAUGUUGAAUUUCCGACGAAGUAUGUUUGGAAAAAUGAUGAGAAACAAUGGAGCCGUAGAAAACAAGGUAGAUCUUUAGGUAGGGUUGCGUAUGUUCACCCUGCUGCUGGUGAAUUAUACUAUUUGAGGUUGCUGCUAAACUACCAGAAAGGCAUCUUUAGUUUUGACCAUUUAAAAACCGUCAAAGAGGUUCUUGAACCCACAUUCCAAGCUGCAUGCAUGUCCCUUGGUUUAUUGGGAGAUGAUAGGGAAUGGAAUAUCGCUAUGUUAGAAGCAGUUAUCACUGCAUCAUCUUUCCAAUUGAGGCAAUUGUUUGUCACGUUGGUGCUCUUUUGUGAUGUCACUGAUCCAUCAGCUUUGUUUGAAGCACAUUGGAAAACCAUGUGCGAUGACAUUUCCAAGAACAUGCAUAACGCUUUUGGGCUACAAGAUCUUUCUAAAUAUCAGGAUGAACUUAGAAAUUCGCUUUUGUACGAGUUAGAAAAGUUGUUUACAGCUUCAAAUAGUUCUCUAUCAAAGCAUCACCUACCACAACCGAAUAAUCUAAUGAUGGAUAGACUUAAAGCUAGGAGUUUAAGAGAAGAGUUAAAUUAUGAUGCUAACUCACUAAAACAAGAGCACUCACUCCUGAUCGGCCAAUUAAACAAGGAGCAAAAAUUAGUUUAUGACAGCGUCAUGGAGACGAUUGACAACAAUAGAUCUGGCCUAUUUUUUGUGCAUGGUCAUGGUGGAACAGGCAAGACUUUUUUGUGGACCACCAUCAUAACUAGAAUUAGAUCCCAAAAUCAAAUUGUUUUAGCGGUGGCUUCAUCUGGAAUUGCCUCCCUCUUGCUUCCUGGUGGAAGGACGGCUCACUCUAGAUUUAAAAUUCCUAUCAACAUCACUGAUUGUUCGGUUUGUGAAAUUAAAAAAGGGACUCAUCUUGCAAAACUAAUCACUGACGCUACUCUUAUUGUUUGGGAUGAAGCCCCCAUGAAUCAUAAACGGUGUUUUGAAGCUCUAGAUAGAUCCCUUCGUGAUGUUCUUAAAGGGUCAAAACCAGGCUUUGACCAUUUGCCAUUUGGAGGUAAACCAAUUCUUUUCAGAGGUGAUUUCAGGCAAAUUCUUCCUGUUGUUCCAAGCGGAAGUGUUGCUGACAUCGUUCAAGCUUCAUUUACGAGUUCAUACCUUUGGUCCUAUUUAACUAUAUUUUUCCUUAAACAAAACAUGAGGCUUUCGAAAACAGGUCUGAACGAAGUGGAAAAAAAAGAACUCGCUGAUUUUGCAAAGUGGAUACUAGAUAUUGGAAAUGGUACUGUUGCCAAAUCUAUAUCUUCAGCUGAUGAAGAAAGCUCUUGGGUCGAAUUUCCAAACCAAUUCCUUAUCCACUUUGAUGACGAUCCCAUCAAAGCCAUGGUUUCAGCUGUGUAUACAAAUUUCAAAGCAAAUUUCCGAGAUGUCUCAUAUCUGAAAGAAAGAGCUAUUGUGACGCCACGAAAUGAUACAGCAACUGAAAUCAACGAUUUUGUGUUGGGUAUAGUACCUGGCGAAAGUCAUACUUAUCUCAGUUUUGAUUCGGUGUCUUCUGCAACAGAAAAUUCUGAAAAUUUAGAUAUUGCUUUAUCCAAUAGAAUUUCUAAACCAACUUGA